GGACCGACGCCACUGUCAUUAGACAGGACACUUCCUUGCUAACAUUUCCACGAUGCAGUCUAAAAUGUCACAACAUUGGAGUUGUUUUAAUGAUGGACGUGAAGGCAGCAUUACACAUUAUUUAGGAUUGAUUUAUUACUACGUUAGAGUAUAACCAGAUGAAUACCCUUUUUUUUUUCUUCACAAAUUUGGUGAUUGACCCCCUGCUACACCGCAGCAACUCCCAUCUACAGUCAAUUUUGAGAUGGGAGAAUUCAGUCCACAGGGAGGAGUCAGCCUACAGGGAGGUCAGCCUACAGGGAGGAAGUCAGCCUAAAGGGUGGUGUCAACCUACAGGGAGGAGGUCAGCCUACAGGGAGAAAUCAGCCUACAGGAAGGAGAUCAGCCUACAAAGAAGAGUCAGUAUACAGGGAUGAGGUCAGCCUACAGGGAGAAUUCAGUCUACAGGGAGAAUUCAGCCUACUGGGAGAAUUCAGCCUACUGGGAGAAUUCAGCCUACUGGGAGAAUUCAGCCUACUGGGAGAAUUCAGCCUACUGGGAGGACUUUAGCCUACAGGGAGAAUUCAGCCUACUGGGAGGACUUUAGCCUACAGGGAAGAGUCAUUCUCUUAGUUCAGGGAGUGCUUGGCCAAUCCAAUGGGGAUAUUUGAGAAUACUCAGAAGACCAUCCCAGCACAUGACGUCCACAGAUGUGGAAUUGUUGGCGAAAUCAGAUCCGCCAAACUGCGGGCCUGCCAUGUCUAAAACCAAGUCCAGAGAGUCCCUUGGUUCCGACUUUGGUGCUCCAGGUCAGAGGUCAUGGCACCAGCCAGAGAGGGUGUCAGUGAAACUGGAAGACUGCAGUCAAACACUGGAGCUCAAUGUUAUUGUCAAAGAGGAAGAGGGAGAGGGAGAGGAGGAAACAGGAACUGAGGAGAAAGAUGAGGAAGAAGGGGAGGAGAUGGUAAGAGUUGGAGGAGAAAUCAAAGAGGAAGAGAUGCAGAUUGAAAAUGAUUAUGAUGAGAGAGUCAUAGUGGGCAGAGUGCUAAAACAAGAAGAAGAGGAGUUCAUAGAAAUCAAAGAGGAGGUGGAGGAGAGAGCAGUUACAGAGGAGGUGGAGGAGAGCGCUGUCAAAGAAGAAGAAGAGGAGACAGAAGUCAAAGUGGAGGUUGAGGAGAGAUCAGUCAAAGAAGACCGUGAUGAGAGACCAGGCACUGAGGAGGAGGAGGAGUUGGAGGGGAACAGAGAAAUGGCUGCUCCAGAUAUCGGGGAAGAGGAGGAGGAAAUAGAUGGUGUCAUUGAUCCAGGAGAGAGCUCCAACCAAGGUUCGGACAGCGAGCCCAGUUUCACAACAUCAGGAAACCAUAAACAACACACAGGGUGGAAAUCAAGGCAAUUUAACCCACAUACUCUUGCAGGAGAGAAGCCUUUCCAAUGCUCCCAGUGUGGAAAGUGUUUUAGUCGGGUGGAAAAUUUAAAUAUACACCAGCUGGCUCAAAAAGGAGAAAAACCUUUUCACUGCUCCCAGUGUGGUAAGGGUUUCAGGCGUUUAGCAACUCUAAAGAAACACCAACUAACUCACACAGGAGAGAAGUCUUACCACUGCUCUCAGUGUGGGAAGAGUUUUAGUCAGUUAGAAAACUUGAAGGAACACCAACUCACACACACAGGAGAAAAGCCUUAUCACUGCUCUCAGUGUGGAAAGCGUUUCAGUCGGAUAGAAAACCUAAAUAGACACCAGCUAACUCACACUGGAGAGAAGCCUUUCCACUGCUCCCAGUGUGGAAAGAAUUUCCGGGAUUUAGCAACACUCAAGAAACACCAGCUAACUCACACAGGAGAGAAGUCUUACCACUGCUCCCAGUGUGGGAAGAGUUUCAGUCAGUUUGGAAAUCUAAAGAGACACCAGCUAUCUCACACAGGAGAGAAGCCUUACAACUGCUCUCAAUGCGGGAAGUGUUUUAGUCGUUCAUCAAAUCUGAAGACACACCAGUUAAAAUAUCACAUCCAUGACACUGGACAAAGUUCUGUUGCUUCAGCAGAAAUUUCACUUCUACCCACACAAGUGAGAAACACGUAGAUGCACUUUUUAAGGUGUUAUCAGCAUUCAACCAACUUUUAUUCUAACAUAGAGGACAGUUAACUGCAUUAAUCUAAAUGCUACUGUUGCAAUGUAACAGAAGCAGUGGAAACCGUAAGGCUGAUGAAUGUGAAGCACGUGCAUUAUAUUGGAACUGUAAGGUUUAUUCAAACAUUUCAUAUGAAAAGGCAAAAUAAUGUAAAAGACAUGGUUUACAUUCCCACCUCUGUCCUCCUAUCAGGGCACAUUCCCCUCCUGUUUUUGCACUUAUUGUGAAUAUUGAUUCAUUGACUGUUCUGAAACUAGUAUUGAACCUAAUAAAUGCGUAGCUUGUCGGAUGAGCAAGUGCUGAAGAUGGUGUUUGCAAUGUGUGCAGCUCAGAUUAUGUAAACAUAUUGCUGCUUGCCUGCAUUGCGCUGAAGUAAAUAAACAAUAAUUUUAUUUCAGGUCACUUCCAACUUAAGAACUUGCAGUUUGUUAAUGUAAAAUUGUAUGUUAUGUAUAUAUUUAGCUUAUCCGGGUAGCCAGAGAGAAAGGCAUUUGAAUAUUAAAAUGUGGAAGUGACAGCAGCGUAGAUUAGGAUUUCUAAAUUUUUCUCCACUGGUUAGAAAUGUUUGCAAGGUUAAGGAAAUGGAAUAAGCUGCUCUUGAAACAUUUUGUAUCCUUGUCAAAAGAAAGAUUAGUGUUCAGAUCAAUACCUUCACAUUUGAUGUUAGAAAUGACCAAAUCGCCAAAAACACACAGUGAAUAAAUAACCACAGUCUCACCUCUUCACCCCGACACUCUCUAAGACAGUGUCUGGUGAAGGCUUUUGGAAUUAUGGCCAAAAAGUUCAACCUUGGUUUCAUCAGGCCAUAACACAUUUUCCCACGUGCUUU